CUUAAGAAGAAAAAAAUUUUAGGUGUGAAGAAAAUUAAUAAUGGAGAUAUAAAUAGCCAUUACGUGGAGAUAAAUAUGAAUAUUAUAAUAAAGCAAUAUCUUAUGAUUGAACUCAUCUAUAAAAAUAAGAGAAUUAUGGGAAUAAAAUAAUAGACAAGAUUUCUCGUUUAUGAAUUUAUAUAAACUGUCAAAAUAUAGAUUUACAAUGUAAAUGAGAUUGAUACCAAUAAACAAAAUAAGUCCAAAUAUUCCAAAUAAAGAAUAAAUCAGGCCAAUAGUAGUAAUGUCUCAUGUAAUAAAAAUGAUUGAGCUCUUCUAUGAAGAAAGGCUCAAAGAAUAUGUCAGCUACUAUAUAAAUCCUGAAUAAAUUGGAUUUUUUUAAGGUAUGGGUACCUAAAUUCAUAUUUAAGAAGUAACAAGAUUUCUAUAAAGAAAAUAAGUUAAAGGUAAAACAGCUAUAUUUAUAGAUUUGUCAAAUGCCUAUAAUGUAGUAGAUAGAUAAAUUCUUUAUAAUAUCAUGAAGAAAAGAUAAAUUUUGGUGAAAAGGCUUUAAAUUUUUAAUCUUAUAAAUAUUUGGGGGUUUGGUUAAAUUUUAGAGGAAGUCUUAAACCACAUUAUAAUAUUGUGA